UCGUGCAGCAAAUCGACUGCAUUGAAACAACAACACGUGAGUUCCCCUCCAACACCUGGUGCUGCAAGACAAUUGUGAUUCCCGAAUUUGCGACAGGUUCAACAAUCUGCCAACCAACCAAGUUUCGGUACAUUUUCGCCAAUGUUAAAGUCAGCAGAAUUUCAUUAUAAAACUCACCCGUCCGAACUGAUCGAUUCAUCAGUAUCGUUUUGUGUGUGUCCUAGAGCGAAACAGUGAAACAUCCCGCCGCCAGUCAGCGUAAUCAUGAGCAAGUUCAUCGCGUUAACAGUUUUGGCCGCUGCCGUCCUCGUCGGUGCCCUGGCCGAUUACGCUCCACCGAAGUACCACGCACCGGCACCUGCGCCAUCCUACCAUGCACCGGCUCCGGCUUACCAUGCGCCAGCUCCGUCCUACCAUGCACCGGCGCCAUCCUACCACUCCGCUCCCGUGAAGUGCGGUGCUAACCUGCUGGUCGGAUGUGCUCCCACCAUUGCCCACGUACCGUGCGUUCCCUCCCACGGUGGUGGAUACGGCGGUCACGGACAUUCUGGUGGAUAUCAUCGCAGUGCCGAUUCCGAAUCCUUGGAUCAGAUGGACUAGAGCGUAGGAACCGAAAAGGCGGUGGCGCAGAAGGAUUGAACAGUUCAGCAAUGACAAAUACUCGCUAGCUUCCGAACAUGGAUCAUGAGACUGGAUACUGGAUGGUGCAGCGUUUCAGUUUAGGAACACAAACAAUCAACUUUCCGAAUUGAAUAAAUUAUUAUUUAAAACUAGUUCCGAUUGUCCUUCAUUUACCUUGGUUGUCGAGUUGGUUGUAGGAAAAAAUCUGCCGUCGCUGCUGUCUACCUUGAAAACUAUUCGUUGGUGGUCGGAAUUUCGUACUUUCGAUUCAGGUGCAGGCGAAGUUCUAUCAUGUCAACUAUUAUCGAACUUGUGCUUCAGUUAAGGAUAUUUUAUUUAGUUUCUUUCGAGCAUGAAAUAUAGCCAGAGCUUGUAUGAUUCAACUGAACAAUGAUCAGCAUAAUAUUCUGCACGGAUAUCCGAAGGUAGUGGCAUGAAAGUGGGAAAUUUUUCAAAGCUGUUCAAGUCGAUUCAAGAGUUUCACCCGAAAUCCUACCUGCUAGAGUCAGUGGCAUUAUUGAAGAGUUUUUAAAUUGGUCAUCUCAAUCCUUUAUUGGCUCCCAGCUCAAAGAAAAACACGACGUUGUUGUUUGAUGCAUGAUUCAGUUAACCAGCACCCAGACAAGAUUAUUCGUGAAUAAAAACUUUGUUCGGCCUUUUCUCGAAACCGCUCGUUUUUUUUUAACUAUUCCAAAACCAUUGCACGUAUCAACAUGAACCAAACGGCAUUUUACUCGUUAGAUGUCUCUCUAUAGUUGUAACUAAAACCAUAAAUAUGAAUUGGUAUUUAAAAAAGUGAUUAACGAUUCAAAGUGCAAAAAAGGGUAAAAAAUCUAUCCA